CGUCGUUUCACACCGUAACUACCUCCCCCCCUUCAUUCAUUCAUUCCCCCAAUUUACAAACCCUAAAACCCCCUUUCUCCGAUCCAAAACCCCAAUUACAACCUCAAAUCAUCAAUGGGAAAGAACGAAUUCCUAACCCCGAAGGCAAUCGCCAACAGGAUCAAAGCAAAAGGCCUCCAAAAGCUCCGUUGGUACUGCCAAAUGUGCCAGAAACAAUGCCGUGACGAAAACGGAUUCAAAUGUCAUUGUAUGAGUGAAUCUCACCAACGUCAAAUGGAAGUCUUCGGUCAAAACCCUCACCGGAUCGUCGACGGAUACUCCGAAGAGUUCGAAUCCACGUUUCUAGACCACAUGAAACGCAGCCAUAGGUUCAGUCGAAUAGCUGCAACGGUUGUUUAUAAUGAGUAUAUUAAUGAUAGGCAUCAUGUGCAUAUGAAUUCGACGAAAUGGGCGACUUUGACUGAGUUUGUUAAGUAUUUGGGGAAAACCGGGAAGUGUAAGGUUGACGAGACGCCGAAAGGGUGGUUUAUUACGUAUAUUGAUCGCGAUUCGGAGACGAUAUUUAAGGAACGGUUGAAGAAUAAGCGUGCGAAAGCGGAUAUCGUCGAUGAGGAGAAGCAGGAGAGGGAGAUUAAGCGGCAGAUUGAACGGGCCGAACAGUUGGGGUUGGGGAAUGUCGGUGAUAAGAGUGUCGAGAGUGAGGAUAAGAAGCUGUUGCUGCUGCGAGCGGAUGACGGUGGUGAGAAGAAGAUUAAACUUAGUAUCGGUUCGGUUAAAAACGCGGGUAAAGAAAAAGGCGAGGGUAGCUCGAUAUUCAUUUUCGACGAGGUGGAUAAUGUGAACAAGGUUGGGAACGGUAAGAAGGAGAAAAGUGGCGGUGGGUCGGUGUUGGACGAGUUGAUAAAGGAGGAAGAGAAGGCGAAAGAGAGGAUGAACCGGAAAGAUUAUUGGUUGUGUGAAGGGAUAGUUGUGAAGGUUAUGAGUAAAGUUUUGGCGGAUAAAGGUUAUUAUAAGCAAAAGGGUGUGGUUCGGAAGGUGAUUGAUAAGUAUGUAGGGGAAAUUGAGAUGCUUGAAAGUAAGCAUAAGUUGAGGGUGGAUCAAGAAGAGCUUGAAACGGUUAUUCCUCAAAUUGGUGGGCUUGUGAGGGUUGUGAACGGUGCGUAUCGUGGGUCGAAUGCACGAUUGUUGUCUGUUAACACGGAUAAGUUUUGUGCGAAGGUGCAGAUUGAGAAGGGUGUGUAUGAUGGGAGAGUUAUCCAGGCGAUUGAAUAUGAAGACAUAUGCAAAGUUGUUCAGUAAAUGUUUGGUAAGAUCAUUUGAUGAUGUUGCUCAAUAGAGGUGUUUGUUUGCAGUUGCAUAUCUUGUGUAAUAAACGUUUCAAGGAUCGUAUGUGUCAACAUGUUCUAGUUACUGAAUGAUAUUAUCUUUUUUUAUA